CUCCCAGCUUCGGCCACGGGCGCCUCAAGUUCCGCUCUCAGGGUUGCCGCGCCGCUCGCUUGCUCAGGCUCCGCCUACCGCGUCCCAGGGCCCAUCACCUGGGAACGCCUGCGGCCACCUAGGGCUGCGACUCUAGAACCCGAGCCUCUCGUGGUGUGCCGGCCCCUCCCCCGGAGCCCGCCCGCCCGCUGGGCAGGUCCAGUCUCUCGGCAUCAGGCCCGUGACCAGGCCCGCCAUGGAAGGGGAUGUCCCUGCCGCCGCCGCAACCGCCCACUACCAGCCGGCCAGCCCCCCGCGGGACGCCUGUGUCUACAACAGCUGCUACUGUGAAGAAAAUAUUUGGAAGCUCUGUGAAUACAUCAAAAACCAUGACCAGUAUCCUUUAGAAGAGUGUUAUGCUGUUUUCAUAUCUAAUGAGAGGAAGAUGAUACCUAUCUGGAAACAACAGGCAAGACCUGGAGAUGGACCUGUGAUCUGGGAUUACCAUGUUGUCUUGCUUCAUGUUUCAAGUGGAGGACAGAGCUUCAUCUAUGAUCUCGACACUGUCCUGCCAUUUCCCUGCCCCUUUGAUACUUACGUGGAGGAUGCCUUUAAGUCUGACGAGGACAUCCAUCCACAGUUCAGAAGGAAGUUUAGAGUGAUCCGUGCAGACUCCUAUUUGAAGAACUUUGCUUCAGACCGAUCUCACAUGAAAGAUUCCAGUGGGAACUGGAGAGAACCUCCUCCGUCAUAUCCCUGCAUUGAGACUGGAGAUUCCAAAAUGAACCUGAAUGAUUUUAUCAGUAUGGAUCCUGAGGUAGGCUGGGGAGCUGUCUACUCGCUGUCUGAAUUUGUACAUCGGUUUGGCAGUCAGAACUACUGAACCUUACGUCUGGAUGGAGACACAGGGAGAGUUCUAAGACAUGAACAGUCCACCUCUUCAUCUGGGACAGCAAAUGUUAUGGUACAUUUGGCUUAGAAUUAUGUUCUUUUUUUAAAUUCAAUUGAGUUGAAACAAGUGAACAAAGAAAUAAAUAGAGACAGUUUUUUUUUUGGAUAUGUCAGGUUGAAAUUUGAUGUAGUGUAUGUUUGCUCAGAUAUUCCUACAGCUCAUUUGUUAAAACACGUGAAGACUUAUGCCAGUAAUUGCUUGUGUUAUGAUAGACAUGUGGACUUUGUGUCUGUUUUGGAUGUCCAGCUAUACUGUAAGCUCCUUGAGGACAGGGCUUUGGCCCAUUACUCUGUGAAUCUUUAAUGCCCAUAAAAGGUGCCCAUAAAAUGUUUGCCAGUAUUUGUGCUUCUGCUUAAAGAGGGCUGACAUUGUGAGCUGAAUCAGCAAUAAGUAUUAGUCUUUUGGGACCAUUAUGUUCUUAGAAAAGAUUGCAGUCCUCUCAGGCUUAAGUGUUAUUUGGCCUAUUUAUAUAUGUUUUUAAGUAAAGUUGACGUAAAAGUAAUUUUGUUUUGAAGAUUAUGUGUCCCUCUUGAUGUUCUGGGAUACCCAAGAAUGUCUCAAUUGUAGAUAGAAACCAUUGCUUUAAAAUACACUGAUCAAUCUUCCUUCUUGAAGGUGUUUCGGAAAUUUGGCUUUCAUCAUAUGAUUCCAAAUAAAAGAUGUUUGGCAUUAAA